CGGCAACAAACUUCAAAAAAACCAAAUAAUACUGCGAACUCCUCAUAUUUGUUGUCUGGAUCCUAGGACGACUCGGUCAGUCGAGUCGCCACAGGGCAUCACGGAAAACCCACACAGUGAACGGCCCUUGCGAACUGCCACCAGAAUUUCCUGGCCAGGAAAAGAUUGUGAUGCCAUGCAUCGCAUAUCACAUCGUUUUGCCAAUCAAGCCGUGGCAGCCUUUUUGCGCACUGGCUCAGCCACUCAGGCGCCCAUUGAUCGAGCAAGCACGAAAAUACGGCAGGCCCCAGCGGCUGCUCCAGACUCCUGAACUCCAAAAGAUCGACAAACGACUUAGCUACUAGUGAAACCAUGCCCGUUAGCAGCAGAAAGGCUCUCAAGGUUACUGGAAUUCCUGAGGAAACAACGGAGAUUGAUUACCAUGAAUUCGUGGAAUGCUUGUGCCAACAGACCGCGAACAAUCACGAGUCAUCCACAGCGGCUGGCGACAGAGGCGACAACGCUCCCUUCAUCGUCUCUAGGAAGGGCAGUUGGACGCUUGCCCGUCAACAUGAGCACCUAGUCGGCACCGUAUCAUUCCCGUCGCACAGCGACAAGAUGAAGGCCCUCAAGCGGCUCGGAAAGAGGAAAGCGUCCUUCUGGAGAGACUGGAACAUCGAACACGUGUUUAGAGGAGUAACCGUUCUUUAUGAGAACGAGGCGAAAACGGAUAUUUGCUUUGUCCACGGACUCGGGGGAAAUGCUUUUGAUACCUGGACAGUCUCAAAUGGGGGUAGCAUGUGGCCAAGAGAUUUCUUGCCGUCGCCGAAGCACUUUCUCAACAGCCGGAUCAUGACCUUUGGUUAUGAUUCUGACUUGACAGAUAGCACCACACUUGUGACGAUGGAGAGCUGUGCACAGUCCUUGCUGAGAGGCGUCAAUGAGGUGAGAAAUUCGGACGAGGCAAGAAAUCGCCCAUUGCUGUUUGUGUGCCACUCUCUCGGCGGUCUCAUCACAAGAAAGGCCAUGGAACUAUUACCCAUCAUGGCCAGCUACACCAACAUCGAACUCGCCAAAUGUGGGCUGUUAUUCCUCGCUACGCCACAUCUUGGAUCUAAAAGAGCUGAUUGGCCAAAGGCAAUGCUCGCCGCAGCGGAGGCUAUCGGGGGGGUCCGACGAGAGUGGGUGGACGUGCUGAAGUCAUUCAACAACGAUGCCCUUUGGGAUCGGUUGAAGUACUUCAAACUGAAGCCUUGUCCGCCAUUUCGGUGCUUCGCCGAGGGCGAGAUGACUUCCAUAAACCUCCUACAAAAGAAGCGCAUUGUAUCACAAAAUUCAGCCUCUCUGACAGAGGAACCAGCCCCAAUGCUCGAGGGUACUGACCAUAGGACCAUCGCCAAGUUUGAUAGCGGAGCGACUGGCCCGUUUGUGUCGGUCAGUAAGGGCUUAAGCGAUAUAUUGGAGGAAAUUACUAACCGAAACGCGUCAAACCCGGCUCGUGGAAGUCCUCUGUUCGGCCACCCACGUUUCCUUGCUCACGCGUAUCCGAGAGAGGAAGGCAAGUAUUGGUAUGUGGGCAGCGGGUUCCCUGCAGCCCAGCAGCAACAACUCCAGCGUAGACCCUUCUUCGGACGGGGUGAAGAACUGGAGAAGUUCAAGUCAAUAGCUGCUUCCUUGACUGGUCUUCCAAGAUUGACUGCCAUUAAAGGAAUUGCAGGUAUUGGGAAAACUGAACUUCUGCUACAAUUUAUCAUGUCAGAAAAGUCUAAGAGGAACGUGUUUUACCUGAAACCAGGUGUUUUCAAAACUGUCUCCGAUGCCAUUGUGGAUAUAUCGACACAAAUAGGUAUCGAUAUUGUGCGUACGGCUGAGCAUAGGGAAAGUUGGAGACGCGUCUCGCCUUCUGAACGCGCUGACGCCUUCUACACAUGGAUAGGUGAUCCCUGCAACAAGGACUCGUUACUCAUCAUUGACGAUCUUGAGGCAUUUGGAGAGUCUGCUAUGCAGACCAUCCGUGAAUGGCCGGUAUGGCACAUUGUCAUUUCGACCAGAGAUUCAGACUUGGGAGAAGAUGAUGAAGACAUCCUCAAGUUCCGACUAGAGAGACUGGGCGACAACGACGUCAUUUCAAUACUUGAGAACCGACGCAAUCUGCUGGGGCAGCAGGACGCCACGCUGUUUCGUCAGAGAGAUCUCGAAUCUCUUGCUCCCCUGGUGCAUGGUCAUCCAAUGGCAGCUCGUGUCAUCAUCCGUUUCAUCCUAAACCGCCUUGCAACCUUCGACAAUCCCAGCAAGGAAUUUUUGGAGAUGUUUACUUGCAAAGAUUUCGAGCGCAGGAAGGCUUUUCUCCAAUUCAAAACUGACGGGUCAUCGCUAUGGGAGGCGUUUGAUUCCUCCUUGGAGCGACUUCAGAAUCACGACAAGGGCGGCCAAGCCUUGAAGCUGUUUCAAUUGCUCCCAUACUUGCAGUCGGACCACGACUGCAUUGAUGAUUUUUUCAAGUUGCCAAAGCAGUGGCUGAAGAAUUCUGCACAAGGGCUGCCAGACGUCUCGAUUCUCGAGUCUGGCUAUGACCUCAUUUCAGAAUGGCUAUCAAAGUUACGGAGUAUAUCUGUUUACCUGCGCGCCAGCCCUCGAUCUAAGAGUCUCGAUAUCCACCCUCUGAUUCUGGAUUAUGCCUUGCUAUGUAUUAGUAAUAGCGACAGAACCAGAAUCGCAAAGCAAGUCUUCCAACUACACCGCCGGCUGGAGUUCGAGGGGGCCGAUAUGGAGUCAAAAAUAAGGCCCCAUGUUCUCCACUGCGUUAAGCUUUGUCAAAAGCUUGGCGUGUCCCUUGACAGUGUGGGAUUGCCAAAUGACGUCCUCCAAUGGGUCAAUAGUCAACGUGACAGCGAAAAUCCGUUCUUAGAUACAGCUAAGAUUACCGCUUUCCCCGUACAAAAUAUCACUCAGGAAUUCACAGCCCGCCUAGCGGAGACCAAAAGGGAGCUGAAAAAGAGUCCCGGGUCAAUCAAUCGGGUCGCUACCAUUAACAAGAUUGUGAGAUGUAUCGUUUGCUACAAGCAAUUGAGGACGGCCUUCGAAGCGGGCGGUAAUUUUCUUCUAUCACUGGAUCCGGAGUUUGGGGGGUCAGUUCAGGAAUUUUGUAGCAUUGUCAGGUCGACUAGUCCAAUUUCCAAGCUCCCUAAGGAACUUGAGAAGUUUUCUGAGGUGUUAAGACCACCAACGAUCACUGAGAUAAAGGGCAUCGUAGCGCCAGAUAUAUGAAGUCCAACCUCAAAAGAAGAAGUAGAUUUCAUAUUAUGUGCAAGGUGCGAUCUGUCGUUGUGUCAAAGGCACAACAACAUAAUCGAGGCCAUUUGCAGCUCUGCCUUCUGCCUUGUCUUUGUUUGAGACUAUGGGUUUGCUACAGCAUCUUCAAUUGCGAAUAAAGAAUUACGGUUGAACAUG